CCCAGAGCCGUCAAAACAAUUGCCUCGAGCGGUAGCCAUGAUAGAUUUAAAGGGACAGUACCGGCAAGGGCGGCAGUCAGGUCGACAGACUGCGGCCUGUGCAAGGUACCCCAACCAGGAUGUCAGGUCUGGUGUUGGGGCAACGGGAUGAGUCUGCAGUACGUCGGCUCAGCCAGGAGGAGAUCCUGGGAAGCACUAGACUGGUGAGCCAGGGUCUAGAGGCCCUACACAGUGAACACCAAGCUGUGCUUCAGGACCUGUCCCAAACCAUUGAGUGUCUGCAGCAAGGAGGCCAUGAGGAAGGACUGGUGCAUGAGAAGGCCCGACAGCUGCGCCGUUCUAUGGAAAACAUUGAGCUGGGGCUGAGCGAAGCCCAGGUGAUGCUGGCUCUAGCAAGCCAUCUGAGUACAGUGGAGUCUGAGAAACAGAAGCUGCGGGCUCAGGUACGGCGACUGUGCCAGGAGAACCAGUGGCUUCGGGAUGAGCUGGCUGGCACUCAACAAAGACUACAGCACAGCGAGCAGGCUGUGGCUCAGCUGGAGGAGGAAAAGAAGCAUCUGGAGUUUCUGGGGCAGCUGCGGCAGUAUGAUGAGGAUGGACACACCUCGGAGGAGAAAGAAAGUGAUUCCACCAAGGAUUCCUUGGAUGACCUCUUCCCCAAUGAAGAAGAAGAAGACCCCAGCAAUGGCUUGUCCCGUGGCCAGGGUGCCCAGCACAGCGGAUAUGAGAUCCCAGCAAGGUUGCGGACUCUGCACAACUUGGUGAUCCAGUAUGCAGCCCAAGGGCGCUACGAGGUGGCUGUGCCGCUCUGUAAGCAGGCGCUGGAGGACCUGGAACGCACAUCUGGCCGUGGCCACCCUGAUGUCGCCACCAUGCUCAAUAUCCUUGCUUUGGUGUAUCGGGAUCAGAAUAAGUAUAAGGAAGCUGCCCACCUGCUGAAUGAUGCCCUCAGCAUCCGGGAGAGCACGCUGGGCCGGGACCACCCUGCUGUGGCUGCCACACUCAACAACCUGGCUGUGCUCUACGGCAAAAGGGGCAAAUACAAGGAGGCAGAGCCACUGUGUCAGCGGGCAUUGGAGAUUCGAGAAAAGGUGCUGGGCACUGACCAUCCAGAUGUGGCAAAGCAGCUGAACAACUUGGCCUUGUUGUGCCAAAACCAGGGCAAGUAUGAGGCUGUGGAGCGCUAUUACCAGAGAGCACUGGCCAUCUAUGAGGGGCAGCUGGGGCCGGACAACCCUAAUGUAGCCCGCACCAAGAACAACCUGGCUUCCUGUUACUUGAAACAGGGCAAAUAUGCUGAGGCUGAAACACUCUAUAAAGAGAUCUUGACCCGGGCUCAUGUGCAGGAAUUUGGAUCUGUGGAUGAUGACCACAAGCCCAUCUGGAUGCAUGCAGAGGAGCGGGAGGAAAUGAGCAAAAGCCGGCACCGUGAAGGUGGCACACCCUAUGCUGAGUAUGGAGGCUGGUACAAGGCCUGCAAAGUGAGCAGUCCCACAGUCAACACCACACUGAGAAACCUAGGAGCUUUGUACAAGCGCCAGGGGAAGCUGGAGGCAGCUGAGACCUUGGAGGAAUGUGCCCUGCGUUCCCGAAAACAGGGCGCUGAUCCUAUCAGCCAGACCAAAGUGGCAGAGUUGCUUGGCGAUGGUGAUGGUGGUAAAACCUCUCAGGAGGGCAGUGUGAAAUUUGAGCGAGGUGAAGAUGCCUCUGUGGCUGUGGAGUGGUCAGGGGAUGGCAGUGGAACCUUGCAGAGGAGUGGCUCUCUGGGCAAGAUCCGGGAUGUGCUUCGGAGAAGCAGUGAGCUCCUAGUGAGAAAGCUUCAAGGAACUGAGCCUCGGCCUUCCAGCAGCAACAUGAAGCGGGCAGCCUCGUUAAACUAUCUGAACCAACCUAAUGCAGCACCCCUGCAGGUAUCCCGGGGCCUCAGUGCCAGCACUAUGGACCUCUCUUCAAGCAGCUGACAUUGAACCCACCCUCACCGUAGCCCUUACAGCAUUCCCUAUUGCUCCUGGCUCUUCCAUUCCCCAGAGAUGGGACAUUGAAGGGGGAGCAGCUAACCAGAAGAUUGCUGCUGCCCUUAGGGUCUCGGCUCCCUCCUCAGGAAAUUCCCUUAGGAAGGCCUCAGGACACCCCUCCCCUCACCAUCUGGUCCUCUUGAGUAGUUAGCUCAGAGGUCCCCAGGGUGGGUAAGAAGCAGGUAUGCACCACCUCAGAGAUGCAGCCAACUUUUUUUUUUUUUUUUUUUUUUGGUCGGGGCUUAUGGCUAGCCAGCCAAGCUGCCUUGCCCUGGUCUCUCUUGUUCCCACUGCUGCCUCACUUCAGGUCCAUGUAUUUCACUUUUCUUAAAUAAAAAUAAAAAAUCAGGUAA